GCGGCAGCUGCUCCGCAAGGCUGACGGAGUGGUACUCAUGUACGACAUCACCUCCCAGGAGAGCUUCGCCCACGUGCGCUACUGGCUGGACUGUCUCCGGGAAUCAGGGCCCGACGGGGUGGUCAUCCUUCUCCUGGGAAACAAGAUGGACUGUGAGGAGGAGCGGCAGGUGCCCAUCGAGGCUGGGCAGCAACUGGCCCAGGAGCUGGGGAUCUCCUUUGGAGAGUGCAGCGCUGCCCUGGGUCACAACAUCCUGGAGCCCGUGGUGAACCUGGCCCGGGCCCUCAAGAUGCAGGAGGACCGCCUGAAGGACUCACUGGUGGAGGUGACCCCCAAGAGGCCACAGAAGAGAGCUGAAUGCUGCUUCUGACCCUCCAGCCCAGCCAGGGGUGGGGGGACAGCCACCCCUGGGGUUUCCUGUCCCACCUUGCCAGGAUGCAGCCAUGACAGAGAUGGCCAGCUUGGAAGUUCAGGACAAUCCCCCUCAGGUCAGGACUUGGAUCCCAGGGCAGGGGCUGUGCUAAGGCUGCCCUUUGCACGCUGAAGGAUUUGAGGGGGUGGUGGGUAGUGGUGGUGGUGGUGAAAACUUUCAAAAGAAAGAAAAAGUCAAAAAUGAAUUAAGGAAAACACACCAUAUUAUUGGCCACACAUCUCUGUGGGGUAAAAUCAUAGGGUGAAUGUGUGGGGGUGUUAUUGCUCUUUUUAUAUGUAUUUGUAUUUCUAGAUCUUCUGCAACACCUGGGUAUUCCUUACAUAAUGCGAAAUAUA